CGAUUUCACUGUAAUUUAAAUCUAUUUUAGUUGCAGCUGCAGAUUUCGCUCAAUUCAUUGCAAAUAUUGUAAUUAUGCACAGUAGCAAUGCCACUCUGUCAAUCCAAUGAACCAAGUCAGAUUUAUCUUCCGUCGGGAAAUAUUUCACUUUUCAAGUCAAACAAAUGUGCUCCCAGGCGUCCCCGUGGCCACAUUUCACGGCUGAAUUCCAAGACGGACACGGCACUGUGCUUUGGGAGGAGCUUGUCCCUGAAUCCAGUGAGGCCUCUUCACUUGGCUCCAGCGCACUCUCUCUCUUCGGCAAAAGGCCGCCUUGGACUCGCUUGAGGUGGAAGAGGCGAGGUUUUGAAUGAAAAUCUCAUCCCUCCGGCCCAUUCUCUAACAUACCUGAAUUCAGAAUCCCCCGAUUCAGGCCACAAGACAGCACUUACAUGCCUGGUCUCCCUGUUAACUAUCCCGUUAAUCCUAAAGUGUCCCGGGAUGAACAUCCCACCAUCCGAAUAGCAUUAGUUAGGAAUGGCCUCUAGAGCCCGAGACUUCGGCUCCUCCCUCCUCCUUCCCAGUAACUCCGGGGCCGGAGUGCCCGCCCGGUGCCCCUUCCGGUGGGCUCGUCCCGGCAGGGAAUACGGCUCAGGUCGCAGCCCAGCAGGGCCAGCUCCGAAGCGAAGAGAGGCCAUUGCAGAUCUGGAAGCUAGAAAGCAGCGCCAGAGGGGAGCCGGGAGCCUCGGCAAGGAGCGGGAGGGAAACCAUGUUGGUGUGCAGCUCAGCAUGACCAGGUCUGCGGCCGGAGCCGGGUUGGCGGAGGCCGGAACGCGGCGUCAGGGUUUCAGUUCCCCGGAAGUGAGGGAGGCGGGAAUGGUCCGUUUCCGGCAGAGACGGGGCAGGCCGGAGAGGCAUGGGCAGCGGGAAGAGUAUCUGUGUGACACCGCCGGCUGCGCGCAGGGCGUGGGAUGGGGGCGGACGCCGGUGCAGGGGCGCUCGGAAGGGACGGAAAUAGCUGUGACACCAGCCGGCCGCUCUGAGGGGACCGCGUCGGGGUGGCACUGGUUGCACGCUUUAAGGAGCCGGCGGAACCGGGUGGCCGCGGGGAUGUGGGCGUCGCUGGACCCGUUGUGGGAGAUGCCGGCCGAGAAGCGUAUCUUCGGGGCCGUGCUGCUGUUCUCUUGGACCGUGUACCUCUGGGAGACCUUCCUGGCGCAGCGGCAGAGACGGAUAUAUAAAACAACAACUCAUGUACCAAUGGAGUUAGGACAGAUCAUAGAUUCGGAAACGUUUGAGAAAUCUCGACUGUAUCAGCUGGAUAAAAGUACCUUCAGCUUUUGGUCAGGACUCUAUUCAGAGAUCGAAGGCACUCUUAUUCUUCUCUUUGGAGGAAUCCCUUAUCUCUGGAGACUUUCCGGACGGUUCUGUGGCUGUGCUGGCUUUGGACCAGAAUAUGAGAUCACUCAGUCUUUGGUGUUUCUGCUGAUGGCUACACUUUUCAGCGCAUUGACUGGUUUGCCCUGGAGUCUUUAUAAUACUUUUGUGAUAGAAGAAAAACAUGGUUUCAAUCAACAGACUUUGGGGUUCUUCAUGAAAGAUGCAAUCAAAAAAUUUAUUGUGACUCAGUGCAUUUUAUUGCCUGUGUCUUCACUUCUACUUUACAUUAUUAAAAUUGGGGGUGACUAUUUUUUUAUUUACGCCUGGCUGUUCACAUUAGUUGUUUCACUGGUGCUUGUCACAAUCUAUGCUGAUUACAUUGCCCCUUUAUUUGACAAAUUCACACCUCUUCCUGAGGGAAAGCUUAAACAAGAAAUUGAAAUAAUGGCAAAGAGUAUUGAUUUUCCUUUGACUAAGGUGUAUGUUGUUGAAGGAUCUAAACGCUCUUCCCACAGCAAUGCUUAUUUUUAUGGCUUCUUCAAGAACAAGCGAAUAGUUUUGUUUGACACUCUACUAGAAGAGUAUUCCGUACUAAACAAAGACAUCCGGGAGGAGUCUGACAUGGAACCCCGCAAUGAUGGCGAAGGGGACAGUGAAGAAGUAAAAGCUAAAGUUAAAAAUAAGAAACAAGGAUGCAAUAAUGAGGAGGUACUUGCUGUACUAGGCCAUGAACUGGGGCAUUGGAAGUUGGGACACACGGUCAAAAAUAUCAUCAUUAGCCAGAUGAAUUCUUUCCUGUGUUUCUUCUUGUUUGCUGUGUUAAUCGGUCGAAAGGAGCUUUUUGCUGCAUUUGGUUUUUUUGAAAGCCAACCCACUCUAAUUGGACUAUUGAUCAUCUUCCAGUUUAUUUUUUCACCUUACAAUGAGGUUCUUUCUUUUUGCCUCACAGUGCUGAGCCGGAGAUUUGAGUUUCAAGCUGAUGCAUUUGCCAAGAAACUAGGAAAGGCUGAAGACUUAUAUUCUGCUUUAAUCAAACUCAACAAAGAUAACUUGGGAUUCCCCGUUUCUGACUGGCUCUUUUCCAUGUGGCAUUAUUCCCACCCUCCACUAAUAGAGAGACUUCAAGCUCUGAAAGAUCCUAAACAAGACUGAGUUGCCCAGCUUCUGCAACCGACGGCAUUUCUAAUUAUUUCUGUCCUGACAGCAUGUUUCCGGCUCUUGAUGUUUUUAAACUUUUCUUUUUAAAGAAAACUAUGAAGUACAGAAAAGUCCAGAUUUAAAUAUAUUUAAUCCCAUUUCAAAAAUUAUUUUAAUAAUCCAUUUCUCAAUGAAAACACUGGAUGGAGAUUUAAGGCUUGUGCUUUAUCUUUAACAUUGAAUUUAUCAUCAAGUUGUAGAAAAAAAAAUUUUAAGUGAAUUUUUAGAGAGAGCAAGAAACCCUGAUUUGUUGUUAUUUGCACAUAAAUUGGUUGACUCCUGUAUGUGCCCUGACUGGGGAUCAAACCUGCAACCUUGGCUUAUGGGGAUGAUGCUCUAACCAACUGAGCUACCUCGCCAGGGCCAUUAAUUUGUAAAAUUUUUGAGCCAGGUAAGGCUUUUGGGGGCAUAUACUUAAAAAAGAGGAUGUACCACCUCUGAGUCCUAUCUGUAAUACAGAAACUGCUUUCGAAGCACUGUGCUUACACCCAAGUUGAGACUUGUUUUUACUUUCAUGCUACUACGAUUUAACCUGGCCAAUCAGUGUUUUAAAUAGAAAGAAAGAUAAUAAUUGGUAAGACUGAUGUUGUUUAAAUGAAAGUAGUUAGAAAUAUGCCCUACAAUUCUACCAAAUUUCUCUGUUCCCUCUCUUGCUACACAUUGAUCAAGAAUUUCCAAUAGUGCUUUGAAAUUAGCAAUUAUGUGUAGAAUGCUUCAAAUCAUUGGGUUUAACUUUUGUUUUUAAGAAAAUCUUAGUUCUUUAUUUUUCCUUCCACCUGGUGAGUAUGAUCAGACCCAUUAGCAGUAAACUAGUAUUUUUCAGAACAUUCAGCUUUUUCCUCAUUCAUGCUCUUUUAUUCAAUAGGUGGUAUAUUCUUUCACGUGGCAGAAAUUGCCAUAUUGAACAGAUUUUGCUAUUUUUAAAAUGACAGAAUGUGGAAAGAAGAGAAAUAAUAUUUUAAGAGACGUAAGGUUGAAAAUGCUGAUUCUCUUAUGAUAUUAUAGGAAAAAAUAUAGUUUUCUAUCUCAAGGACAGAAGAGUUUUGGUUUUUAUUUUUAUAAUUUUUAUUGGUAAGUUGUAAGUACUAUUUAAUCGAGCCUGUUUCCAUUUUUUAAAAUUACACUUGAUAUGCAGAUAAUUUUUCAUUUUUAAAACAAAUGUCACAAAAGAUUUUAAGUUUAAAAAGCUGCAUGUUUGACUGCUUCAAAUCUCUGUACACUUUCUGUAUGAGAACUUUGUGGCUGAACUGCCACCCACGACUAAUGCUUACCUCUGGGCAUUUAUUCCAAAGUGGGAUCAACUGUGCACCCUUGGUAUCUGGCCAGAAAGGCUUUGCUCAGCUCAUAACUGAGUGACGUGUAGGUUAGUACAGCAUUAUUUAUUCCCCAAGGCUAGACGAGCAGUCCUGUGGUCUAUCCAGCUUUGUCGUGGACCCAUGCUGUGUUAACUGCCUUUCCUCCCUCUGUGCCUUUAAACACAGAUUUUAGUUCUGCACAAGUGAGACAUUAAAAAUCGUCAAUUACA